AGUCUGUAUUAAAUAAAGUCAGCAUCUUUAUAUAUUUUCACCUAAACCGAAAUGUUGUAAUAAUUCCUCGUGCGUUAAAACUGCCUUAAAUGUAGCAUAAUAAUCUAAUAAAUAAUACGCUCGCUACAGACUAAAAAUUGAGACAGUGCGGCACAGUACAGUGAAUGGUGAACUGUUUCUUCAAUUGCGCUAAUUCCAUUGUAUUACUCCAAAGAACAGCGGCAUUGUUUAAUGAUUCUGCUGUAAGGAGCCAACGUUGUGCUUGCAUCCUUCGAUAUCGAGGAUUAUAAGGAGAGGACAUUUUUAAUUAUUGUUAGAGUUUAUUACACACGACGCGAUGGUUUUAUUAGGCGAAGUGUUUCCGGAUUUUACCGCGGAGACGCAGAUGGGCACAAUCAAAUUUCACGAAUGGCUGGGUGACUCAUGGGGCAUCUUGUUUUCUCAUCCCAAUGAUUUCACGCCGGUCUGUACGACCGAAUUGGCGCGGGUCGCAAAAUUGAUGCCCGAAUUUAAGAGGCUGGGAGUAAAAGUGAUCGCUUUGUCCUGUAAUUCUGUCGAGUCCCAUCGUAAAUGGAUAAAGGAUAUUAAGAGUUACGGUGGGCUGACAGAUGACGAGUUUCCGUAUCCAAUAAUAGAGGAUCAAAUGAGGAAGCUUGCCACGGCAUUGGGAAUGCUAGAUCCCAUGGAAGUGGACAAUCAGACUGGAUUACCCAUGUCGGCACGAGCGGUCUUCAUAAUCGAUCCCACUAAGAAGAUGCGAUUGUCAAUUCUGUAUCCAGCCACUACUGGUCGCAAUUUUGACGAAAUAAUAAGAGUAAUCGAGUCUCUUCAGCUCACGGAAAAGUACCAAGUAGCGACUCCCGUAGACUGGAAGAAGGGAGACGACGUGAUGAUCGAUCCAAGAGUAUCGGACAGCGAGGCCAAAUCUUCUUACAGCAAUAUCAAAACUGUGCCGUUGCCGUCCGGCAAACCUUACCUGCGUAUCGUGCCACAACCGAUCGAUGCAUAAAAAAAACGUUCUUCCACGAAAGGGUAAAGGAAGCUUUACGAUAUCGGAGAUUCAUAAAAUAACAGAAAUCGACAUUCCUGUAAAUGUAACGUAAAUGUAAAAGUUUCGUUGUACUGUUACGAAAUAAACCAUUCAGUAUAUUUCCU